AUGGGUAAAAAUCCUUCUCAACUCGCAUCACUUGCCCGAAAGCAGGCCGAGAAGCGUCAGGAAAAGAAAGACCUACACGCGGAUUUUCGACGUUCUAUUGUUCAAGAUCAACACGGUGCACCAACUACAGCCAAAGUUCUUCAUGUCCUACCUAAUCGCCCUGAUCUUAAAGAACGUAUCAUCUCAUACGGUCAUGUCAUCCUCGUUGACGGGGAAACUGGGGAAUUUAUCGCCAGCAUCUUUACACUUCACAACAAUGACAACAACCAAAAUCUCCGAGAUCAAUUUGAUUGGGCAACAAAACUGCUCUACCACCAUGGACUUGCUCGCAACAAGUGUACGAUCAACAAAGCUGCUGAAGCUUUAGGGCAAGCCAAGUCUGGGGAGAUGUAUCCCAUUGGUUCUCGUGGUGGCACCGAUAAAGGAAAGUCUGCAGGUGCCUAUGUACUCAAUACAAAUACUCGAAGCGACCCGCACCUUAUCAUGCAAGAUAUUCAACGGAUGAAACUUCUCCCUACUAUUGAUAAAUUCAUCUCAAAACUCUUCGCGAACCUAGUAUUUUCCCAAUUCAAAGCAAAUCUUGAACUUGGACAACAAUAUGGUGUCUCUUGGGCUUCGCCAAAGGUUCUCAACACAUCUUCCAAAUCUAGCGUUGGUUCCAAUCUGGUCAUCACGCGAGACGAAUUUGCUAAUGAAUUGCAUGAAGAUCCAGACGCAUCCGGAUGUGCCAUUGGCCUUUUCUGUUUGAUGGAACGUGACUCUGGCAACGUAAUCUACCCCAACGACAGCGAUACACCUCCACCUUUCCACAUUGAAGGCGCUUAUUUUCACCUUGACAAGUACAAUACAAAGAUACGUUUGAGUCAUUUGCCAAAGGUGGUAGUCUGGAACACAAAGACAUUACACCAUAGCUCACAUUCUCAGACCCUCAACGUAUUUGGUGAACGGGUCACUCCAGAAGAUGCCAACUUAACCAAUUUUGGAUCUUCUGUUCAGAUUUCAAAAACUAUUGUCGAUCGAAUCAAAGGUAUGAAUAAGAAGGCAGCUGGUAUGUCUGAUAAGAUGAAGGAGACUUUUAAGAAGCAGCAUGUAAAAGAUUAUGCAGAAGAGAUUACCUCAAGAUUGACCGAACUCAAGACCGCAAAGAAACUCGACCCUUUGAUUGAGGCACAAAUCAAGGCCGGUCUGAAGAGUCUUGAGCAAUACUAA